AAGAAGAGAGGGAGGAGGAGGGGUGGCGGCGCCGUGGCGGAGGAGCAGGAGCAGGAGGGGGAUGGAGAGGAGAAGGCUCCUGGGUGGCAUGGCGCUCCUGCUCCUCCAGGCGCUGCCCAGCCCCCUGUCAGUGAGGGCUGAGCCCCCGCAGGAUAAGGAAGCCUGUGUGGGCACCAACAAUCAAAGCUACAUCUGUGACACAGGACACUGCUGUGGACAGUCUCAGUGUUGCAACUACUACUAUGAACUCUGGUGUAAGUCCUUGCCCGGGGGUUCUUGGCAUGCCAGGGUCCCGGUUACUGCCUCUGCUCCUUGGGAAACCGCGGGCUGGCCAGCCUUUUCUGAUUCUCUUGGGGACAGUGUUGGGUUCUGGCUGGUGUGGACUGUCGUCAUCAUCCUGAGCUGCUGCUGUGUCUGCCACCACCGCCGAGCCAAGCACCGCCUUCAGGCUCAGCAGCGACAACAUGAAAUCAACCUGAUCGCUUACCGGGAAGCCCACAACUACUCUGCGUUGCCGUUUUACUUCAGGUUUUUGCCAAACUCUUUACUACCUCCUUAUGAGGAAGUGGUGAACCGACCUCCAACUCCUCCCCCACCGUACAGUGCCUUCCAGCUCCAACAGCAGCAGCUGCUGCCGCCUCCUCCUCAGGGUGGCCCUGCAGGUGGCAGCCCCCCAGGCGCUGACCCGCCCCAGGGCUCCCAGGGAGCACAGAGCAGUCCUUUGUCUGGACCGAGCAGAAGCAGCACAAGACCCCCCAGUGUCGCAGAUCCUCAGUCCCCUGAAGUGCCCACUGACCAGGAAGCCACCAAAGCCUCUGGGAUGGAGUCUGGUAGCCCUGUGGCCAGCCACGGGGAGCUGGACCCAGCCGCCUUCCUCGACCGGGAUUCCGAGUGCAAGGAGGAGCUUCUGAAAGAUUCAAGUUCCGAGCAUGGCGGUGUACCCCCCGACAGCAAAGACAAGACCCCCGGCAGGCAUCGCCGCUUCACAGGUGACUCAGGCAUUGAGGUGUGUGUGUGCAACCGGGGCCACCAUGACGAUGACCUCAAAGAGUUUAACACGCUCAUAGAUGAUGCUCUGGACGGGCCCCUGGACUUCUGUGACAGCUGUCAUGUACGGCCUCCUGUUGACGAAGAGGAAGGUCUCUGCCUGUCCUCGGAGGGGCAGGUUCGAGAGCACGGGCACCCCCACCUGCCACGGCCGCCUGCGUGUCUGCUGCUAAACACCAUCAAUGAGCAGGACUCCCCAAAUUCCCAGCACAGUGGCUCCCCGAGCUAGGACAGGCCCUGCCUGCACCCAGGAGCUCGACGACAACCAGGGUCAGGGACACCCACAAGAGAAGCAUUAAGUGACUUGGACAAGUGGCCCGGCCACUUUGUCCUCUUAUUUUUUUUUCCCCUCCUGUCCCACCUUGCCCACAUCUCCAGGUACAGAUUCAGGGUGUGGAUGCCUCCUCUCCCCACAAAAGCACAGUGUUCUAGAGGACGGAGAGGCGGCUUCUGUGACUCCCCCGCCCCCCCCCCAGGGCUGUGUCCCACCCACCCACCUGCCUGGCUGAGAAGCACGCGUCUGCAAAGCCCCCGAGGACUGGGGCUGGACUGUACCCUAAGGUGGUUCUCAGCGACAGAGUGGAUUCACGAGAAGACUGUGUCUCAGUCUGGGAGACACCCGUUUCUCUUGGCCCUGAGUGAAGAAGGAAACCCUCAGGGGCCUGGGGACUGUCACCUGUGGCUGCCAGUGGCUGCAGAGCACUGGUCUAAUCCUGUGGGAGGAUGACAGCUAGUCAGGGUGGUGAGGGAGUUGCUGAUCUGACAAGGCCCUGGCAGAAAGUACACAUGUGCGUUGUAGACCCUUCCCAGCCUGGUCCAGGUGUAGAAGAUGAUACUGCGUUCUCUGUGUUGUCCUUUAAAGACAGGUAGCCAAGGCAGGUGGGAAACAACCAGAUCAGUGGCAGGCAGGGACUCUCCUGGACAAGGGGAUUCUGCUGCUGCUCCCCGGGCUGAGUUACCGCUGGGCCGGGAGGAGAGAGCCUGAACAGGCCUGGUGGCGGUAGCCUUGGAGGCCCGAGUCUGAAGGCUGGGAGAGCUAAGAGCUUCCUUCACUUCUGCCCUUUGUCCGUGCCCACAGGUGGUCAGUGGCCCUCGCCCCUCCUGGACACAGUCUUUGGUCUCUGCCUCCCUGUCUUCUGUAAGCAGAUGGACUGAGGAAGUUGUGUGCUUAGGGCAAGGUGGCCUCAGCCUGGUUCUCACACAGUAUUUCCUGUUGCGUUUGACUGAGUCUGUUGUCUGUGUCCUUGUUUGUUUUAAACUGACCACUUAGAAGGAGCGCCUUGGUUACCUGUGGUUCUUGUGGCUGCUCUGCCCCCAGCCUCGUGGGGGCAGAAACAUGACUCACUUUCCUGUACAGCCUCUGUAAAGAGUCACCUGGGUAGGAGGUGACCGCCGCCUCCAGCAGACCUCGAGGCCUGGUUACUGUCAUCUGGCUCUGGAGACACGGUCAUGCUUUGUCAGGAAAGAGGAGCAGAGACGUCGCCGCCGAGAGGAACAUUCCCCACCCAGCCCUGCUCACGCAAAGAGUUUGGUUCCUCCCCUGCUCUUGAAUGAUGAUGCAUAGACUUGGCGCCGCCAUUAUGGUGAGAAAGGAAUAAAAAGGCAGAAAACCCAAGUCCACAUGUAAACACACAGACCCGAGGCUGUAAGGAGAGUGCGUGUGCAUUUGGAUACCACAAACCAAAAUCUUUGUCGAACAAAAGUGAAGUCUACACAGUGAUGUUGGAUGGCGCGUACGCGCGCAUGUGUGUGUGUGUGUGUGUGUGUGUGUGUGUGUGUGUGUGUGUGUGUGUGUGAGAGAGAGAGUGUGUGUGUGGUAUGUGGCCCCGAGCCCUGUGUUCCUGUGAAGAUACUUUGAAUGGCCAUUCUGCUCACAUUAACCACAUGCCUGGAGCACGUAUGGCCCUCUCAAGGUAAUUUAUUUUACACAUUUACUGUUUACCGAACAAUCAUCUGACCGUACUCGGGUGUAUUCAGCAAUCUUGUGGAUGGCAUGGCCUGCGUCUGCCAGCGACACUGCCCUCCAGGGGGAGACUUCUUACUCAGCUCACCACUGCGAUUUGCACAUUGCUCCACGGGCACUCAGGCCUACAUUCUGUUCCCUGUACGUGGAAACAUUCGGAACCGGUCCCCCUCCCCCGUCUGCUUUCAGACAGGAGCUUGAUUGAGUCUUGAGUUACAAGCAUGAACUGGUUGCGGCCCAGACAUGGGCCUGCCCAGGAUCACCAGGAGUCUCUGGCCACAUGUGUAACUCAUCCCCCAAGGUCCAGGGAGAGGGCUGGUGCGUGGUCGGAAGGGCCCGAGCUGCAGCCCUUCUGCACCUCCCAGCUGAUUGCUUGUUAAAAUCCCAGACACCUCACUGUAGUGUCUCAGAGGAGAGUUCAGUUUUCCCAAGAUGAGCCCCUUGUUAGUUAACUGUUGGUGAGGUGGGACCCUCUCAAGUUUCGUUCCCCUGGCAGAGUGAGGGGCUGGCCUGAGUGCCGACUAGCUUUACUGAAGCACCCACCAUGAUGCCCGAGCCACAGUCUGGCCCUGCUGCUGUAGGCCACCUUGAUGCUCAGAGAGCACAGGAAAAGUGAGUUGGGGCCAGGGAGACUUGACUGAGUUGGGUUUCUAGGUAGGAAGGGUUAGGUAGAGGGCUUGGUGCUACGGUCAGAUUUGCAGCCGCUAACACAUUCCCGUGUGAGGCCCACCACCGUCUGUCAGUUAUUGUGAAUAUGUGUAUUUUAAGCAAUAAGAUUCAGCUGCUCAGACUGCCCUGAGCAGUCUGGGCGACAAUAUCCCGUGCUGUGAUUGUCCGGAAGACAGAGUGGCUCCAACCACUGUGAGAAACCCCAAUAAAAUCAGUCUCAAGUGUUCUACACA